GUCAGUACACAUCCACGGUCUACACCCCGCCAAAAGCAAUGGAGAAUUAUCUUUUAUCUUAGUCUUCCCCGGUGUUCCACUUAAAUGUUUAGAAGACAAGAAGACAUCGGCUAUGGCCACGUCCUGCACUGGAGGACUUCUACCCUUUGCUUCUCCCUCUUCAAAGGUUUGCAAAAACACCUCUGUCUCUUGCUCUUCUUCCCGUCACUCAACUCCUCUACCAACUGAACAAGCAAAUGAUAGUAAUAGUAAUAACAGUAGUUCUAGCAACAAAUUUAGCUACGGUAGAGCCUCCCCAUCUGAGAGAUGGCCUCACCUUCAACUUCAACUAGCUGAAACUUACCCUUUAAGCCAAACCCAUUUUUCAGCUACCCCUCCUCAACUGACCCAUGCAGUUAAAGAAGUUGAAUUGUCUUUAGAAUCCUCAACGUCUGAAUCCAUGGAAGUGAAUGAUGAGACCCAGGAAAAGUUGGGGAGAGUUAGUAAGACUAGAGUUAAGAAAAUGACUAAAUUGGCCUUGAAAAGGGCCAAAGAUUGGAGAGAAAGAGUGAAGUUUUUGACCGACAGGAUUUUGGAUUUGGAACAAGACCAGUUUGUUGCUGAUGUUUUGGAUGAUAGGAAAGUUCAGAUGACACCAACUGAUUUUUGCUUUGUAGUGAAAUGGGUGGGUCAGGAGAACUGGCAACGUGCCCUGGAAGUUUAUGAGUGGUUAAAUUUGAGACAUUGGUAUUCUCCUAAUGCCAGGAUGCUAGCUACUAUCUUGGCUGUGUUGGGGAAGGGCAAUCAGGAGGUUUUAGCUGUUGAAAUCUUUACCAGGGCUGAGCCUGCUGUUGGGAAUACAGUCCAGGUUUAUAAUGCUAUGAUGGGUGUUUAUGCGCGAAAUGGGAGGUUUCAAAAGGUGCAGGAACUGCUUGACUUAAUGCGCGAGAGAGGGUGUGAACCUGACCUCGUGAGUUUCAAUACCUUAAUAAAUGCUAGAUUGAAAGCAGGAGCUAUGUUGCCUGAUUUAGGGGUUGAGCUUUUGAAUGAGGUGAGGAGGUCUGGUCUUAGGCCAGAUAUAAUAACAUAUAAUACUCUUAUUAGUGCUUGUUCUAGGGAAUUGAAUUUGGAGGAGGCAAUGAAGGUUUUUGAUGAUAUGGACAGUCAUAAUUGUCAACCAGAUAUAUGGACGUAUAAUGCUAUGAUUUCGGUUUAUGGGAGAUGUGGGAUGGCAUAUAAAGCUGAGCAGCUUUUUAGAGAUUUGGAGUCUAAAGGAUUUUUCCCAGAUGCAGUCACGUAUAAUUCAUUGUUGUAUGCUUUCGCAAGAGAAGGAAAUGUGGACAAGGUGAAAGAGAUUUGUGAAGAAAUGGUUGAAAUAGGGUUGGGUAAAGAUGAGAUGACCUAUAAUACAAUUAUACACAUGUAUGGGAAGCAGGGCCAGCAUGAUUUGGCAUUGCAGCUUUACAGGGACAUGAAAUUGUCAGGGCGGAAUCCAGAUGUUGUUACAUAUACUCUCUUGAUUGAUUCCCUAGGGAAAGCAAAUAAGAUAAAAGAGGCUUCUAAUGUGAUGUCAGAGAUGUUGGAUGUAGGUGUUAAACCUACUGUGCGGACUUAUAGUGCUUUGAUUUGUGGGUAUGCCAAGGUUGGAAUGGCAGUGGAGGCUGAAGAGACAUUCAAUUGCAUGCGGAGGUCUGGGAUUAGACCUGAUUUCCUGGCAUACUCUGUCACGUUAAAUAUCCUUUUGAGAUGUAAUAAGACAACAAAGGCAUUGUUGUUGUAUCGGGAAAUGGUCCGUGAUGGCUUCACACCAGAUCAUACCCUUUAUGAGGUAAUGCUUCAGGCACUAAGAAAGGAAAACAAAGUGGAAGAUAUUGAAAAGAUGGUUAGAGACAUGGAAGAACUAUGUGGUAUGAAUCGCCAGGCUAUUUCUUCUUUUCUUGUCAAGGGUGAAUGCUAUGAUCUUGCUGUGCAGAUGCUGAGAUUGGGCAUCAGUAAUGGCGAUGAACUAGAUGGCGAGAAUUUGUUGUCUGUUUUGAGUUCAUACAGUUCAUCUGGCAGGCACAAAGAAGCAUGUGAACUGCUUGAGUUCUUGAAAGAACAUGCUGAAGGAUACAAUCAACUAAUUACGGAAGCUCUAGUUGUCAUGCUUUGUGAGGCUUGCCAGUUAGAUGCUGCCUUGAAAGAGUACAGUAAUGCUAAAGAUUCUGUUUUUUUUAGUAGUUCUACCAUGUUUGCAUCCCUUAUUCGGUGCUGUGAAGAAAAUGAACUUCUAACUGAGGCUUCUCAGAUAUUUUCUGACUUGAGAUUCUAUGGUGUUGAACCUUCUGAAUGUAUCUUCAAAAGUAUGGUAAAGGUAUAUUGCAAAAUGGGCUUCCCUGAGACAGCACAUUGUUUGAUUAAUCAGGCUGAAAUGAAAGAUAUUCUGCUUGAAAAUUCCUUUAUUUAUUUGGAUGUUAUUGAAGCUUAUGGGAUUCUGAAGCUAUGGCAGAAAGCUGAAAGUGUGGUAGGCAAUGUUAGACAAAAAUAUGUGACUGUGGAUCGGAAGGUCUGGAAUGCCUUGAUACAAGCUUAUGCUGCAAGUGGUUGCUAUGAACGAGCAAGAGCUGUUUUUAAUACUAUGAUGAGAGAUGGUCCUUCACCAACAGUAGAUUCCAUUAAUGGUCUCUUGGAAGCACUGAUUGUCGAUGGAAGAUUGAAUGAGCUUUAUGUGGUAAUUCAGGAGUUGCAAGAUAUGGGUUUUAAAAUAAGCAAGAGUUCUAUUCUUCUGAUGCUUGAUGCAUUUGCACAAGCUGGAAACAUCUUUGAGGUGAAGAAGAUAUACAAUGGAAUGAAAGCUGCAGGGUAUUAUCCUACAAUGCAUCUUUACAGGAUUAUGAUUAGGCUGUUCUGCAAGGGAAAACGAGUGAAGGAUGUUGAAGCAAUGGUCUCUGAAAUGGAAGAAGCAGGAUUUAAGCCUGAUCUUUCAAUAUGGAAUUCUAUGCUGAAGUUAUACUCAGGAAUUGAGGAUUAUAAAAGGACAGCUCGAAUAUAUCAGCAGAUUAAGGAAGCCGGACUUGAACCUGAUGAGGACACUUACAACACUUUGAUAACAAUGUACUGCAGAGAUCGUAGACCUGAAGAGGGGUUAUCUCUGAUGUAUGAAAUGAGGAAGGUGGGUUUAGAACCGAAAUUGGACACCUAUAAAAGCCUGAUUUCAGCAUUUGGCAAGCAGCAGCUCUUGGAACAGGCUGAGGAAUUAUUCAACGAGUUGCAUUCAAAAGGCUACAAAUUGGACCGCUCUUUCUAUCAUACAAUGAUGAAAAUAUUUAGAAAUUCUGGAAACCAUUCCAAAGCUGAAAGUCUGUUAAGCAUGAUGAAAGAAGCUGGAGUGGAACCCACUAUUGCUACAAUGCACUUGCUUAUGGUUUCUUAUGGAAGCUCUGGACAGCCACAGGAAGCAGAAAAAGUCCUUACUAGUUUGAAAGAAUCAGGAUUAAAUCUUACUACACUACCAUAUAGUUCAGUCAUUAACGCUUAUCUUAGGAAUGGAGAUUAUAAUGUUGGAAUUCAAAAGCUCAUGGAGAUGAAGAAAGAGGGUUUAGAAGUAGACCACAGAAUAUGGACAUGCUUUAUCAGGGCUGCAAGUUUGUCCAAGCACACAAGUGAAGCCAUUAUCCUCUUAAAUGCACUUGGAGAUGCUGGAUUUGAUCUUCCUAUCAGGCUUAUGACAGAAAAAUCUGAGUUACUACUUUCAGAGGUAGAAAGUUGUCUUGAGAAACUUGAACCAAUAGGGGAUGAUGCAGCCUUCAACUUUGUCAAUGCCUUGGAGGAUCUGUUGUGGGCAUUUGAACUUCGAGCCACCGCCUCAUGGGUUUUCCAAUUGGCAGUCAAGAAGAGCAUUUAUCACCAUCAUGUUUUCAGGGUAGCUGAUAAAGAUUGGAGUGCUGAUUUUAGAAAGUUAUCAGCUGGUUCUGCUCUUGUUGCUCUUACUUUGUGGCUUGAUCAUAUGCAGGAUGCUGCACUGCAAGGGUAUCCAGAAUCGCCAAAAUCAGUUGUUCUGAUAACUGGGACCGCAGAGUACAACAUGGUUUCACUUAACUACACAUUGAAGGCAUGCCUUUGGGAGAUGGGCUCUCCUUUUCUUCCUUGCAAGACACGGAGUGGCCUCCUCGUUGCCAAGGCGCACUCCCUUAGGAUGUGGUUGAAGGACUCACCGUUCUGCUUGGACCUUGAACUAAAGGAUGCGCCGUGUCUCCCAGAACUAAACUCUAUGCAACUAGUUGAAGGAUGUUUCAUGAGACGUGGUCUCGUUCCUGCAUUCAAGGACAUAACGGAGAGACUUGGAUUGGUGAGGCCAAAGAAAUUUGCAAGACUGGCAUUGCUAUCCCAUGACAGACGAGAGAAAGCAAUUCAGGCUGAUAUACAGGGAGGUAGAGAAAAGUUGGAAAAGUUGAAGACAAAAGUUGGGUACAAAGGGGCCAGGAACAUCAAGAAACUAAGCAAGAGAAAGUUUAUACGGAGACCCUUGUGAGAUCCAUAAGAGAAUAGAGAAGAAAACCUGGUGUGAAUUGGAGCUGCCUUACACAGAAGAUGGCAUAGCCAUACUGUAUGUUAGCAAAUGUUACCUCUCCUCUAUCUUGGGUCAUAUUCAAUCAACAUAAUACUUCAUGUUUCAACCACUUCCAUGUCAUUAAUUGCUGCCUACGCAAAUCCAAAGCCCUUACCCACCAACCUAGCCAUUUGUCUGUCGCUCUUUUUUAUUAAUUCACUCUAAAAUCACUAAAUAGAAUUAUCUACAUUUAUGUUGCUCUUGUUAUUUCCCUUAAAAAAAACAAAUUAAAAAUGAAUAAAAAAAAAGCAUAGAGUAAAAA